AUACAUUAUCCCGGGUUUAUUUUCUUACUCUCUCGCCGACUAUCGACUAUAGCGAAGGACUUCCGACAAUGAUCCUAUUAUUAUGUUUUGUGGCAACAAUUAUCAUCCCUGCGUCAAUGCAAUCAACAUUUUCGAACGAGCUGUGCCAGUAUCCUAAGGACCCCGCAUGCCGCAAUCGCCAAGCAUUGUAUUUGAGAGUCUUAGAUGAUUCAUAUAAAGACGACAUGGAAUAUAUACAAGCCUUACGUUCUUGGAGAAGUCGUCACAGGAGACACAAAAAACUCAGUUCUAAUGAUGUCAAUGAUUUGGAUGAAAAGAGGCGUAAUAAGAGAAAAAGGCUAUAUGGGCCCGUAAUGAUUUUUCAGGCGGUAACAUCUGCACUUGAACUAGUCCACUCUGUUGUUCAGAAAAUAGGCUAGUAGUAGGUAGCAGGGGUUAAAAGUCUCUCAGAGCUGCCACGGUAAUGAUUUAUAUCAAUUUGUCAUGAAUUGUUUAGAUUAAAAUAAAAAUUAAAUAAAA